AUCGAUGUCUGUCGCAUCAUUCCGUGAUAAUAGAACGAUGACGAAAAUAGCUGCUUCUUUGCGCAUACUCUCACCCUUUCGUUCGCUUGUUACUUAGUUAUCGUACGAUAAUGGGAAACAUAUAGAACUAUAGUACCGAAUACAUUAUGCAAAAAAAAACGGCAAAAUGGAUAAGAUUAAUUUGACCAGAAAAGAAUUAGAGGCGGGGGAAGAAACGUAUGGACACUUACGUCAGCGGUGAUACAUGCACACGUGAUUUCAAAAAUCAUAGGAAUCACCCUAUGUACAGCUGACACGCAAAACUGAUAAGAUAUAGAUAUUUAGAUAGGAGAAAUGACAUUCGAUCGAUGAUGGUAUUAUGAAAACGAUAUUUACCGAUCCAGCCGAUUCCAGCCAUCUAAACUGUCAUUUUUAUAUCAUGUCGCAGUGUACAACUUUAUUUAAUUAAUUGAUUGAUUUUCAAUAGUAUACACCAAUAAUUCCUGUACGCCAAUGAAAAAGGAACUUUUUAAUCGGAUUACACCCUGUAUCAUUUGAAUAACAACGAAAGGGCCGAGAUCACAUUUUCAAAUUUUACCGCCAUCUAUUCAGCACUGUGACGUAAGGUCGAGAGAAACACGCCUACCUUCGUGUUUGAUGUAUUGUCGCGACAGACGGACAAGCGAGUCAUGUUAUGAUGAGAAUCGCGAUUUAAAAAGUGACUGUGUUUAUCCCCUCUCAUAGUCGUUUUUCUUGCAAAAAAAAAUAGUUGUAACGAAUCAAUCAACGUACAUACGGUAGGGCGCAGGAUUGCGCGGUAAAAUGAGCCUCAACAUAUCGAAGUUGUUUUCAAGGAAAAGGCCUGGCCCGAUUGACACGGUCGCCACUGAAAUCGGUUUACCCACGAACGUCUCCCAUCAGUUUCACGUGAGCAGAAAUGAGCAAACAGGACAAUUGGAGGGUCUUCCCGAAUCUUGGAUUCGGUUGCUCAACACCCAAAUAUCGAAAUCGGAGCAGGACGAACAUCCUGCCGCCGCUUUACAGGCCAUCAAGUUCUACAAUUAUUCAAUUAAACGGAAACCAGAGGAAGAGGUGUUUAAGCCUUUCGUGACACAAGAUCUUAUCGAGGAGGAGUCUCAAGAAAUCGACAAGAUCUUAGCAAAAAAAUGCAAACGCAGGGAUUCGGAUGGUUCUGUUUCCACGGGUUCUACGGACAGCGACGAACAAAAGUUACCGAAACUUCCACCCAAGAUGAACAUAACUUCAGCACCCACACCACGAAUAUGCCUUGAUAGAAUUGAAAAAACUUUGACAGAGAUUUUAGAAGAUUUGAAUACAUACCAAAUUGAAGAUGACCAACAACUGGAGAAUGAGAACACACCGAACAAGACAGAGGAGAGUCCUAUUUUAAGAAGAAAAACAGAUUCUACGGGGGUGAAGCUUAGCGACGAAGAGGUCUUCAAGGAACUCAGAACUAUCUGUCAAAGUGGAAAUCCCAAUCUACGUUUCAUAAGAACUAAAGAGGUUGGUGCUGGUGCUUCAGGUACUGUAUUCAUAGCUACAGAUUCAGAGACGAAACAGAAAGUGGCUAUAAAAGAUAUAGAUUUAUCAAAGCAACCAAAGAAAGAACUCAUAUUAACUGAAAUUAAAGUUCUGAAAGAAUUUCAGCAUCCCAAUCUGGUCAACUUUUUAGAUGCAUACCUUGUAAAUGAACAUCUUUUGGUAGUUAUGGAAUUAUUAGAAGGCGGACCACUGACAGACGUUGUUAUGGAAACAAUAAUGAAAGAAGCACAAAUUGCUGCAGUUUGUAGAGAGGUUUUGAAAGCAAUUAGUUUUCUACAUAAAAGGGGAAUUAUUCACAGAGACAUUAAAUCUGACAAUGUGCUCCUUGGAAUGAAUGGUACUGUGAAAGUUACAGACUUUGGUUUUUGUGCUAAUAUAGAUGGUGAUGAGAAACGACAAACUAUGGUUGGUACUCCUUAUUGGAUGGCACCAGAAGUAGUAACAAGAAAACAGUAUGGUAAAAAGGUGGAUAUUUGGUCUUUGGGUAUUAUGGCUAUUGAAAUGAUAGAGGGUGAACCACCUUACAUGAAAGAAACACCUCUAAGAGCUUUGUAUUUAAUAGCUGCUAUUGGUAAACCUUCUAUUCCCAGAUGGGAUACUUUAAGUCCUACAUUUCAAAACUUUUUAGAAAGAUGUCUAGCUGUUGAAGUCGAUGAGAGAGCAACAGCCGAUGAAUUGCUAUCUCAUCCAUUUUUAGAGAAUUGUGCAGAAUUAACAACCCUUACACCACUGAUUCGAGCGGCGCAACAAAUACUUCAUAAAGCAUAUUACUGAACAUUUUUUUAAAAAUACAGGUAAAAUACUUGUAUUGAUUUUCUUAUGAAUUUGUCUUGUCGCAUUAUUAUACAGCAAUGCACUGAUAUAAUUUAUACAAUGAAAAGUAUUUCUUAUAUUAUACAAGGAAUAUGUGCAGUGCAAAUUCUUAUACAUAUUUUAUGAUAUGCGACUAACUAUUAUGUUUGUAUGAAUGUAUUACCAAAUUAAUAGUAUGAUUAGUAUAAGUUCUAGUAACAAACAGAUUACUGCAAAGUGUCUUUUGUCAUUCAUUUUUCUGCAUUUUAAAUCUAUUUUAAUGUCACAAUAGAUUCAGUCUAUUGCUUGAGUCAGUGAAAGUUAUAUAAGUUAGUAAUGAUUUGAUGUGCAAUAUUUAUUAUGUAAGUUUCAUGAUUUGCUUUUAUAUAUGAUCCCUUCUUUUAUGAAUUAUUCUAUCAAUUUGCAAGUAAGGAGGAAAAUGUAAAAACAAUGAGUUGUCAUUAUUAUUCUCUUAGAAAGAUACAUGUGGGAUUUUCUAGGUAGUUAAGAUUGUAUUUUCAGUUAUAUUUUGCAUUUAUUAUGUAACACAAUUAUUAUAAAUACUGUACUUAGUUUAUUCAAAAACUGAAAAUGCAAAGUAUGCACGCAUAGCAUUUAUCAGGAACCUUUCACAAGUAAUUUCAUACUCAACAAUUUUUGGUAUACUAAGAAAACUAAAAAUUCCAUUUUGCUGUAGUACAAAUUAAUCUAAUAAUGUUAUCCAGUUCAAAUUUCAACAAUAUACAAUGUAUUACAUAUUUUGUAUUAAGUAUUUACAUUUUCUUUGACUGUAUUCUUUUGUUACUUUGGAUUCUAUACAUCUAAGAAUCAACCAAUUAAGCCAUACACUACAAAUCAAACAAUUUAUAUUUAAAUUGGGUAUUUUUGUAUGUAUAAUAUGUUUGAUUAAUAUGUUACCAUUGAAUUAAAGCAAAAAAAUGCUUUUUAUAGAAACUUUUACAAUCCUUUAUAAAAAGGAAUUCUUUUUUUAUUAAUAGUGAGAAAUUGAACCUUACGGUUCAAUAUUAUAACCAUAUGUAUUAAUGACUAAGUAUUGUAAAUGGUUUAAAAUACCGCACAUUACAGAAUGCAUUUUUGAAAGGUUUUAAAAGACGCGUUUAGUUUUAUAAGGUUUUAUUGAGUAUUGCAAUAUACACUUUUCAAAAACUUUUGUACUCGUAUUUUAGAACUUAAUACUGCUCAAACCAAAUACCAAAUUGUAAGAAAUAUUAUACAUUAAAUUAUAUACAUAACUUUAUAUUUACAAUGCCUUUUAUAAAGAAAAAUAGCCGAAUUUUUGCUAUAGACUAUUUAAUUCUUUAAGGCCUGAGCAGUAAUAUGAAGUAAAAUCACAACUGUGAUAAGGGAAAUCAAGUCCUAUUAUAUUAUAUUACUGUAUUUGAUCAAGUGUGUGAUUUUCACAUUGUAAACUACUGCUUCCUUAACAGUAGUGUGUGUAAUUUGAAUAUAAUUUGACAUUAAGUAAUUAAUGUGUUUUAAAAAAUUCAUAAUUCACGAAGGAAGAUAAUUAUGUGAUUCACGCAUUGAUCAGUUAGCAACUUUAAUGUAUAAUGAUUUAUAUAUAGACAGUCACAACAUUUGUGCCUUAUCAGAUCAAUACUUAUGAUUCUAUGGUAACUGCCUUACUAAUAUUACUAUCAGUAAUAACAGGACAUGAUAAUGAGGAAUGUAAUAAUGAUUUAAUAGAAAAUUAUUAGAAAAAGAAGUUUAUCUUUUUAAAAUUUUACAUAAAAUGUAUAGAAAAUGUACUGAAAGAACAUCACACAUCAAUUUAAACAAUAAAUACUUUAUUUACAAGAUAAAUUAAUAAUCUUGUACAUUUCACUAUUCCCAAAAAUUUGUUAAGCCACACUGAAGUUUCUAAUCAUACAAAGUGAUACUAAUAAAUAGAAUUAACUAUAUAUUUAUUUAUAUAUUUACAUUAUAUUCGUUCUAUAUUUAAUUAUGGUAAAAAUAAGACUAGAUUAUUCUGUUUUGAAACUGUUUUGAUACCAUGAAAAUUGUGUAGUAUAAUGAUAUGUCGUAUGAUAGAAAUUACUACAGUGUGGCAACUAUUUUAUUGAAAUAAAUAUACUAAAUAGCUCAUUUAAUUAAAUUUAAGUUCUCUAGAUACACAAAAGUAAAACAUACGCAUUUUCAUUUUCAUUAAUAUUAUUUGAUAGUUGAACACUUUAUAAUUUUCUUUAAUUUAUAAUUGCUAUGCAUUUGUUUACUAUUCUGAUAUAAAUACCUUUAAUAUGUAUUCAACGUACAUAAAUAUGUCCAAAUAAAUAAACUUUCAACAAGUGCCACAGAAAUGUAAAGGGCAUUAAGCAAUAUAGAAGAAAUGACAACACUUUAGAAUAUUUUAGUACUAUAUAUACAUAUAUUACAUUGCGUGGCUAAUAUAUUUUACAUAUUUUUAUUAAUUUAAACUUAAUGACCUUCUGCAUUU